AUGGAGGACGUUGUGAUCGUUGGAGCAGGCAUCGCGGGGCUAGCGACGGCGGUGGCCCUGAAGAAGGUUGGGGUACGAGCAUUGGUGCUGGAGAGAUCGGAGGGGCUGCGAGCCGCCGGCGCGGCCCUGACCCUCUUCCCCAAUGCCUGGUACGCGCUCGAUGCGCUCGGGAUUUCGCAUAAGCUCACCUCCAUUUACACUCCUUUCUACAAGGGUUACGUGACCGAUGUGAAGACCAAAGCCAUCCAGGAAGUGAGUUAUGGUGCAAGCAAAGGGAGUGGAGAUGAACAAAGAGCGGUCAACCGUAAAGUCUUAUUACAGGUCUUGGCGGCGGAAUUGCCGUCGAAUACCAUCCGCUUCUCUUCAAAGCUCACUUCCAUUGAAACCCAAGUGGAACAAGGCUCAUCCAUUUGCAUCCUCGCGCUUGAAGAUGGAACUAUCAUCAAGUCUAAGGUUGUGAUAGGAUGUGACGGGGUGCAUUCUAGGAUUGCCCGCUGGUUAGGGCUCGACUCGCCGGUUGAUUCGGGGCGGUCCGCAAUUCGCGGGCUCGCCGUGUACCCGCAGGGCCACGGGUUGAACCACGAGUUUCAGCAAUUUGUGGAUGUCUCGAAGAGGGCUGGUUUUGUUCCUCUCAAUGAUAAGGAGAUCUACUGGUUCUUUCUUUGCAAAGCUCCUCCAAAAGAUGCGGACAUCGGAGUUGACCCAAGUUUACUGCUAAGAGAUGUUGUUGACAACUUAGCCAAAGACUUUCCUCCCCUGUACCUCGACGUUGUCGGCCAGUCCGACCUUUCCGCCUUGACGUGGGCCCCGCUGAUUUUCCGAUACCCGUGGGACGUCAUCCUUGGGAACCUGACCCGCGCGCACAUCACGGUGGCCGGAGACGCCAUGCACCCCAUGACGCCGGACUUGGGCCAAGGCGGGUGUUCUGCCCUCGAGGACGCGGUCGUGUUGGCUCGGCACAUCGGAAGCUCGAUUUCCAAGCUAGGCAAACUCGAGACGUGUGGCGUCGGGUUCGCGCUCGAGAGGUACGCGAGGGAGAGGAGGUGGAGGGCCGCGAUGUUGAUCACGGCAUCGUUUUUGUCGGGUUGGGUCUCGCAGGAUGGGUCUAGUUGGUGGAUGAGGUUCCUAAGAGACGUAUUCUAUAACUUUAUACUGGGAAAAGCCUUUAGUGCGAGUAGGUACGAUUGCGGCAAACUUUGCUAA